UAAGUUGAUUAGGGUUAGAAAUUAGAGAUGCAGCUCUAAUUCCUCCCAGUAGGGUUCAGAUUGAUUGCACAUUGGCAUUUCAGAUUGCAUUUUUUACCUCAUCGUCUUCUUCCUUCUUCUCUCGGGUUGACACUUGAGAAUACUGGAGCUGCCGAUUCUCAACCUGAGGAGCAGUGAGCAGAUUUCUUGAGAACUGUGGAUGAAUUAUGCGAUUUCUGCAUCCACAUCCCUCAAAUGCCCCCUCAAAUCCCCACAAAACCCCACAAAUCAUACUUCUACUACGGCCACCGCCACCGCAAUCCCAAGCAGCACCGCCCCACCGUCUAUGGCGGCCUCUUCUCCAAUCGCCAAUCCCUCUCUCCACCCAGCCCCCACAAACCCAUUUCCCCUAAAUCCCAACCCUUCGAUCUUCACAAGUGGGAUCCUGAUCCCUCCUCUGCGCUCUCCAAGCUAACGCCGCCGCCGCCGCCGCCGGCUUCGGAGGCCUUCUUCUCCAGCUCUGUCCGCCUCUCCCCCAUUGCUCGCUUCAUCCUCGACGCCUUCCGUAAGAACCAAAACAAGUGGGGUUCAUCAGUAAUCUCUGAACUCAACAAGCUCCGCCGUGUUACUCCGGACCUUGUGGCCGAGGUUCUCAAGGCUUUUCAUCGCCGUGAUUCUAAUCCAAUUUUAGCGUCCAUGUUCUUCCACUGGGCAGGGAAGCAAAAGGGAUUUCAUCACAAUUACGCUUCCUAUAAUGCUUUUGCUUAUUGCUUGAAUCGCCACAAUCGCUUCAGGGCUGCUGAUCAAAUUCCCGAGCUCAUGGAUUCACAAGGUAAGCCUCCAAGUGAGAAACAGUUUGAGAUUCUGAUUAGGAUGCAUUCUGAUGGCAAUAGGGGUCUUAGAGUUUACUAUGUAUAUGAAAAGAUGAAGAAAUUUGGGGUUAUUCCCCGGGUUUUCUUGUAUAAUAGGAUUCUUGAUGCCUUAGUCAAAACAGGUCAUUUAGAUUUAGCUUUAUCUGUUUAUGGGGAUUUCCAGGAACAUGGGUUAGUGGAAGAAAGCAUCACAUUUAUGAUUUUGAUUAAGGGGUUGUGCAAGGCAGGGAGGGUUGAGGAAAUGCUGGAGCUUUUGGCUCGGAUGAGGGCAAAUUUGUGUAAGCCGGAUGUGUUUGCUUAUACAGCAAUGGUGAAGGUGUUGGUUUCUGAGGAGAAUGUGGAGGGAUGUUUAAGAGUUUGGGAUGAAAUGAGAGCAGAUGGAGUAGAGCCUGAUGUUAUGGCGUAUGAGACUCUGAUUACUGGACUUUGCAAAGCCGGGCAGGCGGGAAAAGGGUAUGAAUUGUUUCAAGUGAUGAAGGAGAAGAGGAUUUUGAUAGGAAGAACCAUUUAUGGGUCCUUGAUUGAUGCAUUUGUGCAGGAUGAGAAAGUUGGAUUGGCUUGUGAUUUGUGGAAGGAUUUGGUAGAUUCAGGGUAUAGAGCUGAUUUGGGGAUGUAUAAUUCUCUCAUUAAAGGUCUUUGUAACAUAAAUCAAGUCGAUAAGGCUUAUAAACUCUUUCAACUAACCAUACGAGAGGAUCUUAAGCCAGAGUUUGAAACCGUGAAGCCUAUUUUGACGAUGUACGUGAAGUCGAAAAGAAUGGAAGACUUGUGGACGUUACUGUCCUUGUUGAAGAAGUUGGAACUUUCUGUGGAUGGUGUUCUUUCCAGAUUUCUCUCUUUUAUGGUAGAAAAGGAGGACAAAAUAAGCACGGCGCUAGAGGUAUUUCGUGGUUUGAACGUUAAGGGCUAUGGCAGUGUCGCCGUAUACAACAUCAUUAUCGGGGCUCUUCAUCAGCAUGGGCAGGCAAAGAAGGCAUUAGAGAUCUACGACGACAUGAAGAGCUCAAAUUUCAAACCAGACUCAUCAACUUACUCCAUUGUUGUUUCGUGCUUGGUCGAAAUCGGGAAAAUCCAAGAGGCUUGUGAAUUUCAUAACGAAAUAGUCGAGUUGGGUUCAGUUCCUUCCAUUUCUGCCUAUUGUUCUCUCGCUGAAGGCCUCUUCAAAACCUGCGAGAUCGAUGCAGUCUUGAUGCUUGUUAGAGACUGCCUAGCAAACAUCGAGAGCGGACCUCUGGAGUUCAAAUACGCCCUUACAAUUGUCCAUGUAUGUAAAUCAGGUAAAGCGGAAACGGUGAUCAGUGUUCUUAAUGAGAUGAUUCAAGAAGAUUGCCCUCCGAGCACAGUUACAUACUCGGCAAUAAUAUAUGGAAUGUCCAAGUAUGGGACAGUUGAUGGGGGAAAGAAAGUGUUUUUGCAUCUGAAGGAGAGCAGGCAUUUGACAGAAGCUAACUGCAUAAUGUGUGAGGAAUUGUUAAUUGAUCACAUGAAGAAGAAGACAGCAGACUUGGUAAGAUGUGGUUUGAAGUUUUUCAAUCUUGAAUCCAAAUUGAAAGCCAAAGGUUCUAUGUUGUUGUCAACUUAAGAAUAUAGAGAAGAUAGCAUGUAUUUAUUUAAUAAUAAACCCCCCCUGCAUGAUUAAUUGUUUACCAACAACAAUUCUUUAUCUAAUCCUUGCUGAAUGAUUCUUGUACGAAAGCGUGCAUAGCUUAGCGGUAAUUAGCAUAUACCUCCAACCGGUAAUUGACAUAUACUUCCAACCAAAAA